AGGUGCCGUUCUUUCCACUGCAGACCAGCACCUUCGAAUUGAAUGCUCUUUCCUACAUACCUUUCAUUCUUAUGCCUCACAAGCUGGAUACUCACUACAGUAGCUACAAAUGCAUCACAAGAUGGUAAGGUGCGCGAAUUCUUUGGUCGGCACGAUGGCACCUCUGGGCACACGAAUAACUGGGCGGUCUUGGUCUGUGCAUCUCGGUAUUGGUUCAACUAUCGACAUAUGGCCAAUGCUCUCGGCAUGUAUCGUACCGUGAAGCGUCUUGGGAUACCCGACUCAAACAUCAUCCUAAUGCUAGCGGACGACGUAGCCUGCAAUACGCGCAAUAAGUUUCCUGGAAGUGUAUACGCCAACUCGGGCAGAAAUCUUGAUCUUUAUGGGGACAACAUCGAAGUCGACUACCGCGGAUACGAGGUGACCGUCGAGAACUUCAUCCGGGUCUUGACUGGUCGGAUGGAUGCCUCUGUGCCACGCUCCAAGCGACUACUAACCGACGAUAGGUCCAAUAUAUUCGUCUACAUGACCGGCCAUGGGGGCAACGAGUUCCUCAAGUUCCAAGACAAUGAGGAAAUUAGCGCUUUUGACAUCGCUGAUGCUUUCGAACAGAUGUGGCAAAAGAAGCGAUACAAUGAGAUUUUUUUCAUGAUAGACACAUGUCAGGCAAACACCAUGUAUUCUCAGUUUUACUCUCCCAAUAUUCUGGCUACAGGAUCAUCCGAAAUAGGCGAGAACUCGUACUCCUAUGAAAAUGACAACGACAUUGGAGUUGCUGUCAUCGAUAGUUAUACACAUUAUAUCCUUCAAUUUAUGGAAGGGAUUAACAAAACCAGUCAGACAACCAUGCACGACUUAUUCGCAUCGUAUGAUCCGAGUAAAAUACACUCUCACCCAGGUGUCCGUGCCGAUCUGUUUCACAGGACACUCGACAAAGCCCUGAUCACCGACUUCUUUGGAGGCGUAUCGCAGGCAGAGAUUUUCCCUCCAGAAGAUGCAUACCCUGGAAUGCAGUCCCCUUCUGUCAAACCUGGAGACACCAUGAUAGACUCUCGCAUUCCAUCUACCAACGGUUCACAGCUUUCUUCACCGACCACUCAGGGACGUAUGUUCACAACCUUAGAGAUGGAUUCAAGUUGGCCGAUAUCACUUAGAAAAUGGGGUUCUAUGACCCUUGUUGGCAUGCUGGUAGCUUGGGUAUCACUGAAAAGUUAGAUCAAUAUAACACAUUCACUCUAAAAUUUCUACACGAGCACCGUUCUCAUCAG